AUUUGUUCCUAUUGUUGUUAUGCAAAGCGGCAACCAUCGCAUCACAAAGUCAUUCCAAUCACACCGGACUCGCCAUACAGAUAAACUGCGAGAUCUGCUUCAACUUUCACCAUCAGAUUCUCUUCUCCUAGACGCAUGCGCACGAAAAACAGCAGAAGAAGUGAGUCGCCUUUUAACUGCCCUUCCUGAGCUUAAUCCAGACACCAUCCGAGACAAGUAUCUACGGACACCAUUACACAUUGCCUGUGGAAGACAGGAUGAUUUAGGAGAAGCAACAGAAUUGGCAAAGGUUUUGAUCCUUGCGGGUUCAGAUGUGAAUAAUGGUGUUGGCGACAUUGAUGGACUUCAACCUAUGCAUAUGGCUGUACUGGCCAACAAUGUACAAUGUGUUCUUCUUUUACUAGAGCAUGGGGCAAGCGUACCUGCCUCGGAUCCCUUUCGACUGACACCCCUUUUACUGGCAAAACUGAAGCUGGACAACCUUCGUUUAACACAACAAUUAAUCCAACGAGCAUCUAAUGGAAGGUUUGAGGAGAGGAGGAUGUCUUCUAGUGCACAGAGUGAAUACGGCGAUCUGGAAUCGAUCACAGAAGUGCUGGUAACACACCUAUCCAACAAACAUAUCACCACAUUUGGGUCUCCUCGACACUUGUCUUCUACUCAUGGUCUGUCUGACUUCUUGUUCGCAAAUGCAGAUGACGAUGGUCUUUCCGAAGUCAUUUCGGGUAUUGCAGCCCAAUUUUCAAAUCUUCACAUGAAUGAUAGACCAACCACCCCAGAAGAAGCAGAAAUCAAGGUGCAAAAACUGCAUGAUUCUAUGAAUGGAUUAAUAGAAAAGGUUCGCCAGCUGGGAAUCAAUGACAAGGCAAAGGUUAAAGGCCCAUGACAGAAAUUAUGCUCUCAAACUUCUACCAUACAAAUAUCAUAUUAUUAAAAUAGAAAGAAAGAUUCACCGCUCACCCAUCAUUCUCGGGGCUAAUGUGGAGCUUUAAUGACGGACGGAAGGAUCCGAACCGUAAUCGAAUCCAAAACAUUUAUAUAACCAUUGAUUUUAUCAAAUUAUAAAGAUAUUAAAGAUAUAAAAAUAUAAAUAUUUUUAAAUAU